AUGGACGACGCAAACUCCUCUCUCGAGGCGGACCUCUUCGCCGCCUUGGCCGCAGCGGAUCCAAGGCCAGAAACUAGCAGCCAAAACCACACCGCGAAGGGCAUCGAGCCUUCCCAAAACCAGACUGCUCAACUCUCCGACCCCGCUGCCCAAGACGCUCCGCCAGCAGCGGCCCAAGACCAUGCGGCAGUGGCCCAUGGUGGCCUGCCAACCACCCAGAACUAUCUUUCACUAACUCAAGACUAUCUAUUGGGGCUCCAGGAUCUCCAACCUGCACCUCAAGAUCAUGCGCUGAUAACCCAAGACGCCCAAGAUCUUGCAACGGCCCAGGAUACUCCGGCCGCCUACGAUACCCCCGUUACGCAGGCCCCUGUUUAUGUUCCUCUCCCAGCUCCCCAAGAGCCCGCCAGAGCGCCCUCCCCAAAGCGCUCCCGAAGCCCAGAGCUGCCCGACGAGAGCAGUGCAAAGCGGCUGAAGACAGAACAGAUUGACGGGGGCGGAGGGCACGGCACAAUGUCUGCCGACUUGGCAGCAAUGCUCAGUGAUGCGCUGGCUUCUUUCGAUGCCCAUCCCCAGCCCGGGCCUGCGAACAUGGACACGGAUCUGAAUGGCGCCCAUGAGACUACGGAACCUCCGGCCCCGGCUCCCGACUCGGCACUGGCGGCCCUCGACGCGACUUCGACGGAGAAAGUGACUCGGAUCAUGAAGGUCGCCACAAAUUCGACGUACGUGAUGCGAUCAAUGAGUCUUCCCGUUUUGGGCAAUGUUGCAGUCCAGAUAUUGCUAAGGCUCUCGCUUCAGUCUCGAGCCGAGAUCGAGUCGCUAUUGGCCGACCCCGAAUCCGAGUUUCGCAAGGCCUACGACAUACUGAAAAACAUGUUUGGCCUGGCGAGAAAGAUGUUCUCCGACUAUCCUCUACUCUUCCCUGACGAGCUCGACAUUGGCGAUUCCGAAGACCGUGAGACGAUCCGCAUGUCGAAUCUGGCCACGGCGGCCGCAGGGCUCUUGGUCGAUAUGGACUUGACCUUGGAAGAGGUGCACGACUCAGUGCUUUCGAUAUUCAUCCCCGAGGACGGAGAGUACAGGGAGAAUUUGACCGACUUCUUCGUCAACCUCAAGACAAGAGUCUUUCUGGAUGCGACAGGAGCAGUAGAUGAAGCCCCGAACAUGCCGGGAUUAUUGGAUAAGCUAUUCCCUUCCAACUUUGAUGAGCUUCUCAAGCAGCGCAGUGGCGAUCAGAUUCUGAACGGCGACGAAGAGCGCCUUGUGGAUCUAGUCAGGUCGCAAAGAGACCUUGUGUUUGGAGCUAUGGACGACGAGUCCGCUAAACUGUUCUUGGAAAGCCAGUUCUCUUCUGAGAAGCUGGCCGAGAGUCUUAGUAUCUUCUUACGAGACCACGUCCCCAUUGUCGUAGAAUAUGCCGAAAGGUAUGGUGUUAACAUCCCAUUAAGCGACGAGGGCGCAGGGGCCAGCCAAAUCUCAGUCGAGAAUCAUGAUCAAAUAGAGCACGACAAUUUGGCAGCUCUCAUCCAGUCUGUCAGCCAAGAUUUCACACAUGAACAUGUCGCCGAGGACAUGCAUACUAGUACACACCACGAACAGCACGACCACGACUCCACAGAGGACAUGGAAAACUACAACCUCAGAGCACUGCUUGAGCACUCACUCUCUAGCCAUGGCAUCGAGCCCAUAAGUGACUCAAACAAUACCGGCGCUCACGAAACAACGGAAGGUUUCGACGCCAAGGACUUGGCAUCCCUCAUAAGUGAGAAGCUGAAUGAUAACCUCGAGGCAUGUCACGGUCUCCCGGAUGUUUCGGCGUUGAACUACUCUACCAACGACCGUGAAAACAGUCACGACAUAAAUCCUCAGUAUUUGGCUCAGCUGAAUGCGGCCAACUCGUCGCCAUACCAGCCCUUUGCACAAAGCCCUGCCGUACCUCACGUAGAAGCCACCUCAGACCGUCUUCCCCCCAACCAGUCAUCGCCAACCUCUGUCUUAUAUGAGAGAGCUCGCCAAGCCGCGGUUGCGAAGUCGUCCAAUACCGCAAGAAGAGAAGGUCUCCAUUCGACUAGGCGGCCAUGGACUCCUGAAGAAGAGAAGGCUCUCAUGGCUGGCUUAGACACGGUUAAAGGACCGCAUUGGAGCCAGAUCCUCUCUCUGUUUGGGCAGGCAGGCACUAUAUCGGACAUUUUGAAGGAUCGCACGCAAGUUCAACUCAAAGACAAGGCUCGAAACCUAAAGCUGUUCUUCCUCAAAACGAAUUCGGAGAUGCCUUACUACCUGCAGAGUGUCACUGGGGAACUGAAAACACGUGCACCCAGCCAGGCCGCCCGGAAGGAAGCUGAGGAAAAGGCACGCAUGAACUUGGAGGAUGACCAAAAACGAAUUCAAGGCAUAAUGACACUAGCAGGUGGGCUACACAGCAACCAUCGACCUGUCAUGAGCAGCCCCUUGGCAGCUUCGUCGCCAAAUCGCGGGAGUCCCAUGUCUCAAGCGUUACAAGGAGGCAGUCCAAGCACAGGUGCCAACUCUGCUCAGGCCCCAGGAACAACGGCCUCUACAUUCCCUCAUCUUCAAAACUCACCCUUAGUGAAGACUGAGCCGGCGGAACACCAUUCUACACAACAGGUAAAUAAGCUGCCUCAAAUACAGCCUGCACCAGCGCCACCUCAGCAGACGCCGAUCGCUUUCAAGCCACAGCCGCCAAUUCAGCAACAACCUCAAAAGCAGCUGCAGCCUCAGCAUCAGCAUCAACAGCAACACCCAACCCAGUUGGAGCACCAACGGCAACAGCAGCAGCAGCAGCAACGACAACAGCAGCAGCAGCUACAUCAACAGCAGCAAUAUCAACAAACUCCGCAGCAGCAGCAGCAGCAGGCACAACCCCACCAGAAUAACUCUCCGCCCUCUUUUCCGACACAGCCGCAGUCCCAGGCCCACAAUUUGGGCCUCCCACAAGCUUCUCCAGAUAUGGGUGAGAACCAUAAUCAGACUUAUGGUCUUCCACCUUUACCGCCCAACCCCCACUCCACGCCCGACCAGGUUCAGGAUACCAAAUUAUUCGAGACGCUACAGGCCGCCAUAGCUGCAUCAGUCAACGAUAACCACGUUCCCGUGGCUGCAAUGUCGGAAGCCUCGGUAAAUUAG